CGUUUGAUACCACCGCAAGUCGGCAAUGAAUGAACCCACUGACCGGCCGGAAACGCCCGUCGCGAGAAUGGCGUCAACACUGCUGCAGCCACCGAGGCCACUAGACAUGUCUGGGGACACGUUUUACAACUGGACCGCAUGGAAACGUGAGUUUCACCUUUUUGCUACGGCGACGGGACUGAGCCAGCAGCCUAAGGAUGUUCAAGCCGCAACCCUUUUGAUGACAAUAGGCGAGGACGCGAGAAGAACAUUCUAUACGUUCAAGUUCGACAGCGAAGACGAUAAAGAAGACCUCAGAAUUAUUUCAGCAAAGUUCGAGGCAAAUUUCAAGCCGUCUGAGAACCUCACCUUUAACGAAUUCCGAUUUGGCUCCAGGGACCAACAAGAGGGAGAGUCGUUCAAUGAAUGGCUUACGCAGCUGCGAAUCCUCGCGGGAAGAUGCGAUUUCGGCGAGCUUGAGGAACGGCUGAUUCGGAGCAGGAUAAUUCUUGGCAUCAAAGAUAAGGAUUUCCAGCAGAAGCUCCUCUCGGAAAACCCCUCGUUUUCAAAAGUAGUGCAAAUGUGCCGCGCAAGGGAACAAGCAAAAGAACAGCUACUAGAAAUCAGAGCCAGAACGGACAACCCGACAAUUGCCGCAAUCAAAGAGAAUACAGCGCCUUGCACGCGCUGCGGUCUUGAAAAACACAAAUAUGGAAAGUGUGCGGCGCAGGGCAAACACUGUAACAAUUGCGGCAGAAGCAAUCAUUUCGCUCGUGUGUGCCGUCAGCCAAAGCAAACACCUAGAUCGGCCGCACGCGAAGUGAAGCAGGUUGUUUUAGGAGUUGAAGACGAGUACUUUCUAAAAGCCCUAGAAGCAUAUGCUAUCUCCAGUGAGGACCGUUGGUCGGCGAAAAUUGUUAUCGCUGGUUCAGCGAUUGAAUGCAAAAUUGACACGGGAGCUAACUGCUGUGUCAUGCCUGAAGUGACGCUUCGGAAACUAACUACGCAGCCGGCGCAGCCAUGCUCGACCACCUUGCGCGCUUUUUUCGGCCAUAAGCAAACAGCGUUGAGUAAAAUCACCUUACCGACUUCGUACAUGGCUCAGACCUGUCAAGUGGAAUUUUUCAUCGUACCCCAGUCCGUGCCGGUAACAGUGAGUGGCGGUGUUGCAGAGCGCUUAGGACUAAUAUCCCGCGUACGCGCAGUCGACGCACUGCCAAGCCAUGACCCAAGUGCCGGUUUCGAUGAUGUAUUCCAAGGCCUCGGGGAGCUGAAGGGUGCUACGUACCACAUCGAGCUCAAACCAGGCGCACGAGGGAGCGUCAAGCCAGCUCGGAGAGUCGCGGUUGCUCUUCAAGACCGCGUGAAACAAGAGCUCAAUAAAAUGGAGCACGACCUCGUCAUUGCAAAGCCGCAAGUUCGAUACAUGGGUCAUAUUUUCACGCAAGAAGGACUUUGCCUGGAUCCCGGGAGAGUAGACGACAUCUUGCACGUGCCACCACCGCAAAAUUGUAAGAAACUGCAGGUUUUUCUCGGGAUGAUGAACUUUGUGGCGCGUUUCAUCCCCAACAUAUCGGCAUUGUCUGCCCCCCUCCGGGAGCUAUUGAAGAAGAACACGGCUUGGGGCAGCCAGAAGUAA